AUGAAUCCUCAUAUUAAACCAAUCAUUCUGCACGCGCACGACACGGGCCCGAAUCCUUACAAGGUCGCAAUCGCAUUGGAGGCACUGAAGGUCCCUUACAUUGUCAAGCUAUGGGAGUUCGGUGAUAACCCAGACACUGGUGUAAAGGGGAGUAACUUCCUCCAAAUCAACGAAAAUGGUCGAGUCCCAGCAAUUGAAGACCCCAACACAGGGGUAACCGCCUGGGAAUCAGGUGCAUGCAUGAACUACAUUCGCCGAGUGUAUGACUUGAACAAUACGAUUGGACCUGCCGGUAGCUCGGCACAGGAUCUAGUUGACUUCGAGAAAUGGGAGUAUUUCCUCCUAUCGACCCUUGGUCCGAUGCAGGGACAGGUGAACUGGUUCAGGCACUUCCAUUCUCAGAAGAAUGAGGACGCACUGCAAAGAUAUGUUGCCCAGUCUUAUCGGUGCUACGAUGUUCUUGAGGGCCAGUUGCAGAAAACAGCAGGAAUGAGUAUCUUGCCUGGCAGAACUACUGCUGUCGAUUUUCAUUUCCUGCCUUGGGUGAAAAUGUAUUCGUUUGCGGGUCUUUCUAUUGAGAAGUAUCCCAUGAUAAAGAAGUGGCUUGGGCUCAUGGAAGCUCGCGAGGAUGUCCAGGAGGCUUAUGCCAAGAUUCACAAUAGUGCAGCGAAAUAG